AUGAUCAUUCAAAAUAUAUAGCUUAAUUGGGUAAAUGCAAUCUCCAAUCUUGAUAAUUGGUUAGAUUAAUUAGAGUCCGUUCCUCCAAAUAAAUUAAUAUAAAAACAUAUACCAUCAGCACAGAAUUUUGCUAAUUAAUUUGGGGGAGCAAUAAUUUUAACUAAAAGUAGUGAACUUAAAUAGGUUGAUAAUAUAUUGGUUGAUUCUGCAGAAGUGUAUAGAUUUUAUCAUCAAUUAGAUAUAUGAUUACAGAAUGCAAUUAAAAGGAUGUGUAUUUUGUUGUAUGCUUAAAAGAAGAGAUUUCUUUAGAAACAAUAACAUUUAUAAAUAAAGAGUUGUACUCAUCUACCAUCAAGAAUUUUCAAGUAAAAGUUCUAAUUUCCAUUUUGUUAGGUCUAUGGAAGUGUAGUUUAUCCAACCAAAGAAUGGGAACUUUUGGGUAAUUUUUAUGCUGAAGAUUCUAAUGAAUGGUAGAUUUUCAAUUUAGAGUAAAGAUUCCUUCGAUAUUUAAAAAUACACAUCCUAGAUUUUCAUAAUGCAGAAUUCCAUUGUACUUUGACCCAAAUUAGGUUAAGUUUAUUGAUAUUAAAUUUAGAGUCUUUGGCCAAACAGUUAUAGGCGAUUUGAUUGAUUCACACAAGAGGGAUCACAAAGUCACUAAACCAGAAACUAAGACUACAAACUCAACAUAAGAGUAAUAAGAAAUUAAUUUAAAAGAGGUUUCAGAAGAAGAGGAUCGAUCUAAAAUUGAUACCUGUUCAGUUGUUGAUUAUUUUUACAGCACUUAACCUACUAAAAGAGUUGAAACUUAAUAUAUUAAUGUAUUGCCUUAUGAAUCAAGACAAUCACUCUUCAAAGUGACUGCUUAGAACAUCCUCAUCUUGUCUCAUAAUGUAGAACUAUUUAAAAAUGAAAUCAAUUAAAUUAAAUAGCAAGAUUUACAACAUUUGCAAGAAUAGCAAGAAAUCAGAACCUUUUAAUAACAAUUGAUGACUUCAAUUUAAGAAUAGAAACAAUAAAAUAUAAAAUUACAAGAAGAAUUAGACUUUCUAAAUAAGAAGUUGUCAAUCAUGCUUUUCAUCCUAUUUAUGUUUAUAAUACUAUUAGGAGUGUCAAUCAUUUUAUUUCUCAUGAAUUGUUGUGAUUAAAAUAAACAAUAAAAACUUGAAUAAACAAGAGCAUCUGCUAAAACCCACAGCACAAUAGUCAAAUCUUAACCUGAACUAUUGACUCCUCAACUUAUUGAAAAUGAUGCUAACAAAAAAUCUAUCUCCUAAAUAAAAACCUCAAAUGGGAAAACAAAAAAAUCAAAUUGA